CAGCAGACCCAGGAGUCCCUGACCACUCGGCCCCACCAUGCCUCAGCCUGGCCUCGUGUCCCUGCUGCUACUGCUGCUGCUGCUGGGACUGGCUGGUGCUGCACCUCUCUCGAAGCAGGAGGUCACUCGACGCCUUGAAGAGGCCCUCAAAGACAAGCUAACCCAGGGGGGCCCUCGGGAGGGUCCAUGCACCCAGCUCUUCCAAGAAGAUGAACAGCUCACAUCCCUGCUCCAGACCCUAGAGGAGCUUAGGCACCAAGAGAUCUCCAAACACCGCCUGGAUCCUGAGAGCGAGGCAGAGAAAGAGGAGCAGGAGGAGGUGGAGGAAGAGGAUUUCAGGAAGAAAAAGCAGGGCCCAGGGGAGGUUAAGGGGGAGAAGAGGUUGGGCCAGGAGGUGCGGGAGGAAGAGGAGGAGGUGAAGGCCAAGGAAAAGUCAGAAAUCAAGGAACAGGAGGUGAGGGGUCAGGCCAGGGUUCGAGAGGAGGAAGAAGAGGAGGACAAGAAGAAGAGGAGAGGACUAGCCGAGGCCUGGGUCUCUGAGGAGUCCCUGGAUGACCUCAGAAAGCGGAGACCAGAGGAGGCCCGGGGCUCGGAGGAGGAGGCGGAGGCAGGGGCCUGGGACCAGGGUGUGGAGAAGCGCGUGGCAGAGAAGGCCAGUGAUGAGGAGACAGCCCAGUUUGAAGAGGAGGAGAAGGGAGUGAGGGUGUCAGGUGGGGGUCGCACCUUGUGGCAGGGGGCUGGCCCUGCCCACAGACACCACCACCACCCGCCCCGUCCUGAGCAGGAGUCGGAGGACGAGGAGGAGGCGGCAGAGAAGAAGGAACAUGAACUGGAGCACCUGGAGCAGAUGGGGGAGGAGCUGAAGAGGGUGGCUGAGGCGCUAGGCAGGAGGGGCUGAGGAGCAAGCGGACCCUGGCACCUGCCCCAACCGCUCUCGCGCCUCUUGGCACAUCUGGCUAUGGACCGCUUCCUGCCCAUCUUGCUCACACCCAGGAGCCCCUCCCCAGGGGGUGGGGGGAGGGGGCAAGAGAGGGUCACCAUGAAAACAGACUUGAGGAAGGGGGGGGAUGAGAGAUUUCUGCCCCACCCGCUCCCUCCUGCUACUCCCCUCCCCCAACACGAAUAAAGCACAGGUAAAAGCAUG